GCCAGACGGCCGCAAAUGCGACACUUGCCCGCGUCGCGACAACGACCUCGACCCGAUCGACCUGGCGGCGGGCAAGCGCGUCUUCAUGUAUUGGGGCCGCAAGGCCGACGCGCGGGGGUGCACCCAGGGGACCGUGUGCGGGUGCUGCACGAGGUGGUUCAACGGCGACGUCAGGCAGCUCCCAGGGAUGACCUACGCGAAGUUCAAGGGCGUUCUUGGAGCUGGGCCAGAACGCGUCAAGGUCUUCGGCGUGAUCAUCGACAAAAUGAUUGCGUCCAUGAUUGAGUCGGGUGCGAAGCGCACUGCUCACCUGGACUACGACGAGGUGCACGACUGCGUGCUUCAAGAGGUCGUCAUCAAGGAAGCCGUGAAGACAGGCCUUGGGAAAACGUUCUACCCGAUGGCGAGCUACCAGAGGACCAAGGGCGACUUCGCUACGAAUGGCUUGGCCCAGACGGAAGGGCACUACCUGGGCGAGGACGAGAACGGACUUGAGGGCGUCUGGGUCCCAGACGUGGACUGCACCCACUACGGGAAGGUCGAGCGCCACCAGUCGGUCAGGACGGUCAACUUGGGCUCUGGCUCCGUAGAGUCAAUCUCGCAGAAGCAGGCGCAAGUUUUCGAGAUGCUGUUCCCGGGUUCGCUCGCCUCUCUCAACAUCACUGGCGCCAUCGACCAGGUCAUCGGCGUGCCUCCUGCUGCCGCCGCUGGCCGCAGCGACGCGCCGCCGCCGCUUGCAGGCCCUGCUGCGUCGCGCCCGCCGACUGCCGACCCCGCGCCAGCGGCGGCGGAACAGGCAGCUGGUGGGGCCAAGCGCCGCGGGCGAGGAACUGGCGGCGCAUCAGCUUCCGGCAGCGGCGGCGAGUCGAGCGGCUCGAGUGGCGCCACCGCGUCCGCAAAGCCAGGCGCCAAGAAGCGAGGUCGGCCGCCUGUGAAGAACCUUCUGAUGGAGGUGUCCGAGUUGGAGUCCCGCUUCUUCAGUGCAGGCUCCGACGACGCUCUCAUGUGGGGGAGCGAGCAGGAUGCCCAGAUCAAGCUCAACCUCGCAUUGCUGACAGACUUCUCUUCGAAGCUGCGCACCCUCGAGGACCCCGACGAGCAUCGCCUGUGCAAGAUCAGCGAGAAGAAGCUUGCUGUGAUCAACGACUUCCUGGGGCUUGCCGCUUUGCCAUCCGAGGAGAUGAAGACCAAGCACGACCUCGCCGUUAUUACCUUGGCGCUCGAUCCCGCGACGACGUUGGAUAUCCCGCCUCACCUUUGCUGGAUGCGGAAGAAGCUGGGCGUGGUAAAGGCAACUGAUGCCAAACAGUUUUUCACGCUCAUCUCUACCCGGGCCUUGCGUGCAGUCGGACUCGCUCCUGCCGCCAUCUGCGAAGAGCAGCAGCAGCUCUUCGCGGACCGCCUUUCGCAUGCUCUCCGCAUCAAGACUGAGGACAAGCGCGCGGCCGCGUUGGCCGCUCUGACGGCUGACGACGAGGAUUUCGACUACGAUUUCGAAGAUGAAGUCUCCGAGUGGUGGGCUGCGUUCCAGGUGAUCUACAGCGCCAAGAAUGUCACGUACCCCUCUGUGGCCGACGUGGUGGAGCACCUGAGCGACGCCAUUGUGAUUAUUGAGGGUGCGCUCCCUGCGAAGAAACAGGCUGGGACGCAGUUGGGGACUGCGCUAAACAUGUGGAACCCUGGGCAGUUGAUCUUCCGCGAGGCCAAGGAGCUGCUGGAGAAGGCCAAGGCCAUUGUUUCAGCCAUCGAGCCCGUCAACGAGAAGAUCGCUGUCCUCAACGCCAGCGUGACGCAGUGCCUGCCAGACGUUUUUUCGCGUGAUCUACAUUGGCUGGAUGGGGCCGUUGAUUCGGCCAAGGCAGUCGUGGAGUCUCUCGCCUCGCUGUCCCAUUGCAUUCCCGCUUGCGUUCCCAACAAUAAUGACUCCAAGAUCGUGACGGCGAUGACCAAGUGGAUCGACUUUCUCAUUCAGGGUUGGGCUACCGUGCUGUCCCCGAUCCUGGUCAAUACAACGACAGGGGCUUCGCUUGCCAAGUGGGUCGAGGACACCGGGGACCGCCGCCGCUUGCUUGAGAAGUACACCGAGGCAACGGCCAAACACAAAAAGCAUAUCCCGAUGAUUGAGGCCAAGACCAAUGCCAUCCAGCAGUUGUGCAGCAUCGGGGAGGCCUUGAGCCGUUGGCAUUCGCUCUCGAGCUCGGGGGCCGCGAGCAAUGCUACACCAGCUGACUACAAGUCUGUCCUGUCAAUCAUCGCGACCAACUUGAAACCGAUCCACAAGGAUGCAGUGCAGUUCUUCGCCGACCCAGAGGCUCCGCUGGCCCUGCUGGCGUCGCCCGUGCUGGGCUCUGCAGGCGAGCGCAUGCAGGAGAUGACGACGGUUGCAAUUGAGAUGAGCGGCCCCAUCCUCAUGCCCAUCCUCGACCACGUGCUCCUUGUUCUCGGCGCUGCGUGCUGUGAGAAGCCGUGGUCAUGGAACGAUCUUGACGAGGGCGGAGUCUCAGCCGUCGCGGAGGCGAAGCACCCGGUGAACAUCAUCGCGGAUGGGCUCCAGUUUGCCUUGGACAUCGGCGACGAGACGUUGCAUCGCCAGCUGUCCUUCGCCGUCUCGGCCAGCCAGACGUUCCAAGCGGUGGCUACAUUGGCGAAGUAUAAGCACGUGCGCGCAGCGGCCAAGACCUUCAAGGACUUGCUCUUGGAAAGCUCCGCGGUGGCUCAGUGGAAGGAGUUGAACGCCCGCUGGGACAGCCUGCAGAGGAUCGACCUCGCGACGCUGGUGUCGUCGGACUUGAAGGCCGACAAGGGUGGCUCGCUUCGUUUCCACAUCGGGACCUUCGACAAGCGCCUGAACCAUGAGUGCAUCAUGCAGUCUUUCGAGAAGGACAUCUUGGACUUGAAGGCUUUCUACAAGGCAGCCGUCGAGCAAGAUCUCCUGUCGAUGGCGGGCAACCUUGAAGCCGAGGUCCCAGUGCAUUCCAGCACGGCCAUUCUGGGGAACACCGAUCAGAUGGAUGCUGUGAUUGGCGCUGACCACGCCGCCAUGACUUCCGUCUCCAUGAUCCUGAAGGGCGUGAUGAAGGUGGUGUUGGGCUUCAACAAGACGUUCACUGUGGCCAGUCUUGAGGUGGUUCAGCGGGCCUCAGCUGCUGCCGACAACGCCCUCGCCACAGUGGCGCUUGCCGCGGACAUCGCGAAGUCUGGAUGGUCACCGUCCGAGGAGAUCGACGAAUUGUUGUCCUCAUGGGCCGCCGGGUUGUACCUCGACCGCGAGAAAGACCAGGAGGAGGAGGCCAACAAGGAGGAUAUCGAUAAGCUUGACGCCGAGCUCUUCGAG